AUGAUGAAUCUCUACUAUGUUUGUUUUGGAUACCGUGGGAGGCCCCGAAUGAAUCGAGGGGUUAUUAAUGCAUUGAUAAGUCACAAUCUUCGCCGCUUGAAUUUGCCACCACAGCUUGCGUAUAUAGCUGGAGGAAGGUUUCAAGGGUUCAGAGUCCAAUUAUCUGUUUUAGAUCGUGAACUUGAACUUGAUGAUCAUCCUCCGAUAGAAGUCAACGAGGUCCCUGAAAUCCAUCCUCCAUCUGGCCCUGCAAUGAGUGCAGUGGAGAUAAAUGCCUUGCCAGCUAGCAAGUAUAGGCUACAGAAUGAGAGCACUUCAGAGCAGGGCUCCUCCUCUUCAGCUUCAGCGAAGGGAGCCAUGGUGGUUUGGGAGAAAUGUAUGAUUUGCAUGGAUUUCUUAAAUGAUGAUGAUCUAGUUCGUUGCUUGCCUUGUGACCAUCAGUUCCAUGCCAACUGCGUUGAUCCCUGGCUGAAGAGACGAGAAACAUGCCCAGUCUGCAAGAUUCCGACCAUGGGCGAGUAUGGUAUGGGUGGGAGCAUUCCAUUUGGUAAUGAUGAUCACGGCACUGUUUGA